AUGGCUAGAAUUGUAGAAUUAGAACAAUCCGCAAAAGAAAGUGCAGAAAACACGAAAUUAAGAGAUGUUGAAAUCAACGAGCUUAGAUCCAGAGUUUCGAAAUUAGAACAGAAGAAUUUGCAAAAUGAUAAAGAAACAAGCAUAUAUAAAUCAUACAAAGAUACCAAUCAAUCUUCAGUUAAUGACAUCUCUACUGAAAUGGAAAAUUCUAAUGAUGUAUCUUCAGAGGUGAUCUCUCAAAGUGAAAAUGCUCCGGUAUCUGAUAUACCUGAAAACAUUUCAAAUUCUGAUAUAUCUGAAAUUUCUGUUACUAAAAAUCACGAAAAAUCUUCUGAUCAAAUUUCCGAUAUGUUUAGUAAUAAAAUCCCAGAACAAAAUAUCGAACUUAUUGAUUUCUCUAAUAAACCAUUAACAAAUCUAAUUAUAGAACAAGAAUUACAGCAACAGAUUGCCAUGUCGACUAAAAGUAAUAAUUCAUCUAUGGUAGUUGAAAACUCAAUGCAAGAUAUUGACAUUUUUAUCAAUGAUUUGUCUCCAGUUUCAGCGCAGACCAUAGUAUGCAUAUUUCGAAAAGUGAUUCGUUCUAGUCAAGAUACAAUUUUAUAUUGGUAUCACUUUGCUGGAAAAUAUGACAGAAGAAUAGAUGAAGUUUCUGUUAGUAACAAAGUCGGUAAGAAAAAAGCAACCAGCUUAGUAUAUCAUGAAAUUAAACAGCUUCUACCAGACAUAACAGAUGUGAAUUUACGACAUAAAAUUCUCAAAGCUAGAAAAAUUAGAACACUUUUCAUUGCGGUAGGAAUAGAAAAAAUUAGACAAGUUUCAUAUAGUGCAAAUGCAAUUUCUAGCCUUAGGAACGAAAAGAAUAUGUGGGAAGAAAUAGAAGAUCAGUUGUAUAAAAUAGAUGUGGAGAAGUUGGGAUACAACCACCCAUUAUACUCAGAAAUCCUAGAUGAAAGUUUUAAACCAUUUAUGAAUAUGACUAAACAAUCUAUAGAAAUUUUUAGAGAUUCGAGAAAAAAUUUCAUAUUGCCUACGAGUACUAUGUUAAAGGAUAUUUGCGAAAAGUUUGUUCAAGAGAAACAAGAAAAGUAUAAUAGACCUUCUCGAGUAUAUGGGGAUGCAAUAUUUGGUAAAUUUUUAGAUGAACCCGAGAAAUUGAGAGAACUAACAAAUCAGAUUUUGACAGUUUUAAAUCAAGUUUGGUCUUCUCCCAAAUGGAAGACAUGUAAGGAAAGCCAAUUGUCUCUCAUAAAUGAGGGGUCAUAUGUGUCAGAGGUUUUAUCGCCAUUAAUAAAUGUUAUAAUGAGUGAUUUACCUGUAGAUUCUGAUGUAUGGGGAAUAUGGAAGGGGUUAUAUCAACGAGCAAGACAUCCUGAUUAUAUGGUUGUUGCUCAAGUGUCUAAUGUAGAAGUUGAGAUUGGAUAUCUUGAAACAGGUCGUCCAAAAUCAUCUCUAGACAAACAAAUAUGA